GCUUUUUGGUUGGGGAUCAAACAGAGCUGCUGGCGCUGGCGCUGCCCGCUCUGCGGCUGCUCUCGUCGGACAGACGGACAAAAUGCGAGCAGUGAAGAGCAGCUCCGUGCGACAGCACGCUGGCCUUUCUCUCAAUUGCGCAGAACAGCGCGUCUCUGCUGCCGCUGCUUCUCUGCCGGGCGCGAUUGAAUGAGGGAAGGGAGGACGGAGGACCGAAUGAUUCAAUGAGGGAUUGAAUGAGGUGAGCGACACGCUGCUCGCAGCUCGCGGCGACGAGAGUCCGAAGGAACGUCGUCGAGGUCCGGUCGAGCGAGCGCCUGAAGGAAAAAUGGGAGCGAGCUUGCCGGCAGCAGAGAGGAUCUCUUGACGCCUUCGAACGAUAGCGGGCAGACGCUGUUUGUCAGUGUUGUCAGAGGCGAGCGAGCGAUUGGGAAGAGUCGACGAGACAGUGAGUAAAUUGAGGGGACGCAGAGAAUUCCAAGUCCGGUCCCAUAUAGACGAGCGAGGCGGCGUUGUAGAUCUUUCGGAGGCCUGGUGAAGGUGGCGGCGGUACGGAAGCGGGAGGCGUGGAGGUGAUGACGUAAUGAAUUAGUGGAAAGGAGAGAAUUAAUGGGUCAAAGAUUGGGGAGAGAGUCGGGCUGCGGCCACGACAGAAUUGGCAGCUCUCGGGGCCAAGAAAUUUCGGAGAUGAAUCGCGGAGUGUCAGAGACGAAGUAUGGACUAAUGACAUUCUGUAUCGAUGGAAGGUGGUGAAGUAACAGUGACCAAGUUGAAGAUUGACAGCAAGUCUGUAGGAAUUGAAAGUCGCAAAUGGAAGGGGACGCUGCGAAGGGGCAAGCCAGACCCAGCAAUGGACUUGUUGGAGUGGUGGGCGUCACUAAUCGUCUCAUCAACAAUCGGGUCGAACUCCGGGAUGAAAGCCAGAGAAUAUCGGGAAAAGGAGUUGACUGGGAUAAUUGCCGACGCAGUGCUUUGGCCAAAGCCGAAGACCUCCGACUGGAGCGGGAGUGGAACAACAGAGACCGCGUUCGCGAUGCCUCCAGGGAUCGAGAGAGGCUGAGGGAGGAAAUGGACAGAAGGAAUGCAGCUAAAAUGAAAGAAGACGACGCCAACAGAGCUCGGCUGAGUUCAGUGGCUGGACUGUACGAUCGAGAUGAUCGGAGAAAGAGGUUCAGAGACGAAGAUGAUCAUGACGACAGUGGACGGCUCAGAGAUCAAGCCAUGGACAGAGGUCGAGCUGAUCGGAGGCUAGAACCUGCCGAAGCAUUCAGAGACAGGGCUCGAGAUGAAAUAAAAGUCGAGUCCGCCUUCAUUGUCAGAGACAGAGUUAAGGAUGACCCUGUGGAUAGGACGAGGAUUGACCGAAAGCCCGAGCUCCCAGAAUCGUUCAGGGACAAGAGAGCCCUCCCACCUUUGGACUCUAUGCGAGAGAGGGGGGAUGAAAGGUUAACUGAGCUGAGAGACGACAGGAGAGUCGAGUCUUUGGAUGGCAUCCGGGGUCGAAGUGGAGAGAGGAGCACAGAUUUGCAGGACCGAUUUAAAGACGACCGGAAACCGGAUCUUUUGGAGGCGCCCAGGGACAGAGGGAGAGAUGAUCGGAUGUUAGGCUCUCCGAGAGACCGGAUAUGGGUGGAAUCCCGCGAAAGGAUGAGGGACGACAGAAGACCCGAACCCAUCGACAUGUUUCGAGACAGAUCGAGGGACGAUCAUAGGGGACGAGACGAUAGAAGAAUUGAAGCCUUGGGUCGUGGGCGUGACGAUCGUGGCAGAGUUGAGAGGCGAGAGCGGGACAGGGAUCGAAGAAUGGUCCCAUACGAAAGAGAUGGUGGCGGAAGAAUUGUGUACAGGUCCAGGCUACGGGAGGCGGACAGAGAGCGCGAACGAGCGAGAUUGCGAGAGAGAGCUGAGGAAAAUAAUGCCCAAAGAAAUGGAAAGGUGCCUCCGCCGCAGAAAGAGAGAGCAGGUGAGGAACGUGCUCGUAAGUACCAGCUGGAAGUUCUUGAGCAAGCUAAGGUGAAAAAUACAAUUGCCUUUCUGGAGACCGGGGCAGGCAAGACCCUCAUUGCUGUGCUUUUGAUGCAAAGUAAGUACGAGCUGAUGCGCAAAGAGCGGAAAAAAAUGUUGGCAGUUUUCCUGGUCCCCAAAGUUCCUCUUGUUUAUCAGCAAGCAGAGGUGAUACGCGAUCGCACCGGUUAUGAGGUCGGUCAUUAUUGUGGAGAAAUGGGACAAGAUUUCUGGGAUGCCCGGCGGUGGCAGAGAGAGUUUGAGAGCAAGGACGUGCUAGUGAUGACAGCACAGAUUUUGCUGAACAUUCUGAGACACAGUAUCGUGCGAAUGGAAGCUAUACACUUGCUUAUUCUUGACGAGUGUCAUCAUGCGGUCAAGAAACACCCUUACUCGUUAGUGAUGUCUGAGUUUUAUCAUAUAACACCAAAAAACAGCAGACCAGCUGUUUUUGGAAUGACGGCUUCUCCUGUCAACUUAAAAGGAGUCUCUAGCCAAGAGGACUGUGCCAUCAAAAUUCGGAACCUUGAAAGCAAACUCGAUUCCAUAGUCUGCACAAUUAAAGAUCGUAAAGAACUUGAGAUGCACGUUCCUACUCCCUCAGAAAGUCUGGUAGAAUACGAUAAAGCUGCAACAUUAUGGUCUUUACGGGAGCAGAUUAAGCAGAUGGAAGCAAAGGUCGAAGAAGCAGCGAAUGCAAGUUCAAAGCGUAGCAAAUGGAGGUUUAUGGGUGCAAGAGAUGCUGGUGCUAAGGAAGAACUACGACUUGUAUAUGGUGUUUCGGAGAGAACAGAAAGUGACGGAGCUGCUAGUUUGGGCCAGAAGUUGAGAGCCAUCAUAUAUGCACUUGAUGAGCUUGGUCAGUGGUGUGCUUACAAGGUGGCAAUGUCGUUUUUAACAAGCUUGCGAAAUGACGAGAGAGCCAACCAUCAGUUGGAUGUCAAGUUUCAAGAAUCAUACUUGAAAAAAGUUGUGGUUCUUUUGAGGUGUAGAUUGUCCGAAGGAGCAGUAGGCAGUAAAGAUGGAGUUGAAGGUGAUGUAAUCCCGGAAGGUGAUAAGGAAGAAUUGCCUGAGGAAGUUGAAGAAGGGGAGCUCCCAGAUACUCAUGUGGUUUCCGGUGGCGAACAUGUGGAUGAAGUUCUUGGGGCAGCAGUUGCAGAUGGGAAAGUUACUCCGAAAGUGCAGUCUUUGAUCAAGAUUCUCCUUGGAUAUCAGCACACUGAUGAUUUUAGAGCUAUCAUAUUUGUUGAACGAGUGGUGGCAGCUUUGAUAUUGCCAAAGGUUUUCGCCGAGUUGCCGUCACUCAAGUUUGUGAAGUGCGCGAGUUUGAUUGGGCAUAACAACAACCAAGAUAUGCGCACACGGCAAAUGCAGGAGACUAUCGCAAAGUUUCGGGAUGGACGGGUUACUCUGUUGGUCGCUACAAGUGUUGCAGAGGAAGGUUUGGAUAUCAGACAGUGCAAUGUUGUCAUUCGUUUUGAUCUUGCGAAGACUGUUCUUGCUUACAUACAAUCCAGAGGUCGAGCACGGAAACCUGGUUCAGACUAUGUGCUCAUGCUCGAAAGGGGUAACACCACUCAUGAAGCUUUUUUACGAAAUGCAAGGAACAGUGAGGAGACUCUCAGAAGAGAGGCAAUCGAAAGAACUGAACUUAGUGUGUAUAAGGAAGCUGCUCUAUUGGCAUCUCUUGAAAGUUGCGAUGGAGAAGUUUAUCAAGUUCCUUCUACCGGUGCUAUGGUUAGCCUAAACUCCGCAGUGGGUUUGAUUCAUUUCUACUGCUCUCAGCUUCCUACUGACAGAUAUUCCAUCUUAAGACCAGAAUUUAUCAUGAGUCAGCAUGAUAAAGAAGGGGGAACCGCGAAGUAUUCAUGCAAAUUGCAGCUUCCUUGCAAUGCACCCAUUGAAACCGUGGAGGGUCCGUUAUGUUCUUCGAUCAGAGGUGCUCAGCAGGCUGUGUGCUUAGAAGCAUGCAAGAAACUGCACGAAAUGGGAGCAUUCACGGAUAUGCUAUUACCUGACAAAGGGACAGGAGAAGAAGCUGAGAAGCUGGAGGAGGGAGAAGAGGGAGAGCCACUACCUGGAACUGCCCGUCAUAGGGAAUAUUAUCCGGAAGGCAUUGCCGAAGUGCUGCAGGGAGAUUGGAUCAAGGAUAAUCUGGAUAGUGAAGAGAAGACUGUUUCCUUAUAUAUGUACAAGGUGGCAUGUGAAAAUAAAGGCUUCUCCAAAGAUACUCUUCUGACAGAAACGUCCGAUUUCGCUCUCAUAUUUGGAAGACAGCUGGACUCAGAGGUACUUACCAUGUCAAUGGAUUUAUUUGUAGCUCGGACAAUGACCACCAAAGCAUCGUUAGUCUUCAGUGGAUCUAUUGAGCUUACGAUGACUCAGCUGACGAAGUUGAAAAGCUUCCACGUGAGACUUAUGAGUAUCGUACUAGAUGUGGACGUGGAGCCCACAACUACUCCUUGGGAUCCAGUUAAAGCAUACCUUUUUGUACCUAUCCAACUUCUGGCCGAUGAGGAAUCAGCCAAGCUCAUACAUUGGACUCUUGUCGACACCAUUUUGGAAACCGAGGCCUGGAAAAAUCCUUUGCAGCGUGCAAGGCCAGAUGUUUUUCUGGGAACAGAUGAGCGUGCCCUUGGUGGGGAUCGUAGAGAAUACGGUUUUGGGAAACUGCGGUAUGGACAGGCCUUUGGUCUGAAAGCUCAUCCAACUUAUGGAAUUAGAGGAGCCAUAGCUCCGUUUGAUACCGUCAAAGCUUCUGGUUUGGUGCCCAACCGUGAGGUUGUGGAAAAAUUGGAAGAGCAAGAGCCUGUAGAGGGAAAGCUGUUGAUGGCUGAUAGCUUGAUGGACAUCGACGGGCUUGUUGGUAGAGUGGUAACAGCUGCUCAUUCCGGGAAGAGAUUUUACGUAGAAUCUGUUCGCUUCGAAAUGAAUUGUGAGAGUUCUUUUCCAAGAAAAGAUGGGUAUUUGGGUCCUCUUGAAUACACAUCAUACGCAGAUUACUACAAACAAAAGUAUGGAGUAGAGCUUGUAUGCAAGAAGCAACCGUUAAUUCGAGGACGUGGAGUUUCCCACUGCAAGAACCUUCUGUCACCUCGUUUCGAAUCCUCGGACGGUGGCAUGGGCAAUCCCGAAGAACCGUUGGACAAAACAUAUUACGUGAUGCUUCCACCAGAGUUGUGCUUAGUCCAUCCCCUUCCAGGACCUCUGGUGAGAGGUGCUCAGAGGCUUCCUUCGGUAAUGAGGCGGGUGGAGAGUAUGCUGCUGGCAAUUCAACUCAAACAUCUGAUAAACUAUAAGAUACCUGCUUCGAAGGUGUUGGAGGCUUUGACUGCAGCUUCUUGUCAGGAGACUUUUUGUUAUGAACGUGCAGAGCUACUAGGAGAUGCGUACUUGAAGUGGGUCGUCAGUAGGAGGCUUUUUCUUACAUAUCCUAGCAAACACGAGGGUCAGCUUACUCGAAUGAGACAGCAAACUGUCAGUAAUUCUGUUCUGUACCAAUAUGCGUUGGAGAGGGGAUUGCAAAGUUAUAUACAAGCAGAUCGCUUCGCUCCAUCAAGAUGGGCUGCCCCUGGCGUGCCUCCUGUGUUUGAUGAGGAGACCAAGGAUGGAGAUGACGUGGAGUUAGCUGACGGCAAGGUAGAAGAUCCUCUGAAGGAGGAGGCUGCAAAGCCCGUGGAACCUGUUGUGGAGGAAAUUAUUGAUGAUGAUUAUAUGGAGGAUGGGGAGAUAGAAGGAGAUUCCAGUGCAUACAGAGUACUUUCCAGCAAGACUUUAGCUGAUGUUGUGGAGGCUCUGAUUGGAGUGUACUAUGUUGAAGGUGGUCAAAGAGCUGCCACUCAUCUAAUGAAUUGGAUUGGUAUUCCGGUAGAGUUUGAUCCUGCCGAUGGGCUGCAAGCAAGAGUUGGCUGCACUGUGCCUGAGAGCGUUUUGAGAAGUAUAGACUUCGAUGGGCUCGAGGCUGCAAUUGGACAUAAGUUCAAUGAGCGAAGCUUGUUGGUGGAAGCCAUUACUCACGCUUCAAGACCUUCUUCAGGGGUCCCAUGCUACCAACGACUUGAAUUUGUGGGUGAUGCCGUCUUAGAUCAUCUCAUCACCCGUCACCUGUUUUUCAGCUAUACCGACCUUCCGCCAGGUCGCUUGACAGAUUUGAGGGCUGCUGCCGUGAACAAUGAAAAUUUCGCUAGAGUGGCAGUAAAGCACAAGUUCCAUAUACACUUGAGACAUGGGUCGAGUGCUCUUGAAACUCAGAUUCAUGAUUUCGUCAAGGACAUUCAAACCGAGCUGGAUAAGCCCGGUGUAAACUCCUUUGGUCUAGGGGAUUUCAAAGCACCGAAGGUGCUUGGAGAUAUCUUAGAAUCAAUAGCAGGAGCAGCUUUCCUGGACACCGGCCUCAACACAGAUCAAGUUUGGAAGGUGUUUGAGCCACUACUACAACCAAUGGUGACUCCCGAGACCCUGCCAAUGCAUCCUGUGCGGGAGUUGCAAGAGCGGUGCCAACAGUUAGCUGAAGGCCUUGAGUAUAAAUCUUCUCGUCAGGGUAAUCUUGCUUUUGUUGAAGUUUACGUCGAUGGGGUCCAAAUAGGUUCUGCUCAAAAUCCACAGAAGAAGAUGGCUCAAAAGCUUGCUGCAAGGAACGCGCUGGUUAUCUUAAAGGAAAGGGAAUCCACCAGGGAAGCUGCUGCAAAAGCAGCCGCCCUCGAAAACGGAGAUGUUGGAGGGAAGAGCAACAACAAGACUGCUCCAUUCACGAGGCAGACACUCAAUGACAUUUGCUUGAAACGCCAGUGGCCAAUGCCGCAGUACAAGUGUGUCACAGAAGGUGGUCCCGCACAUGCGAAGAGAUUCACGUACUCUGUUCGCGUUCAUACUACCGAAAGUGGGUGGACCGACGAAUGCGUGGGAGAGCCAAUGCCCAGCGUCAAGAAAGCAAAAGAUUCAGCUGCGGUGCUUUUGCUUCAGCAUCUAAAACGGUGGUAAGUAAACUUGAUCGGCCUGUACCUGAUGCUUAAGAGAACGUGAGUCAAAAUUUUGCCCUUCACUCUAAAUAUGCUUUCCUAUGAGAACAUCGAGAUGACCUCGUCACCGAAGGAUGAAUCCACAAAAGCCACUUUGAAGGCUGAGUUGAAGAUAUCAUACUUCACCAUGGACUCAUGGCUGACAGCAGAGGUAUCUUUUAACAUCGCUUAGGGCAAUCAUUGAUUACUGUAAACAAUUCAGUUACGAAUAAGAUUAUGGCUGCUUGCCAUACCGGCUGUACUUUCAAUUCUCAUUCCAACAUUGAAGAUGAGGGAUGACACGGAUCAAAUUAUCCUGGGAUCUUUUUCUUGGGAGUGCCAUGGACAUGUAUCAUUAUUCUAAGGACAUCCGUUUAUUGAUUAACGACGAGGUUACUGGCGGAGUAAGUUUUCCGCUUCUUCAC